AUGAGUGGAAAGCACGAAAACCAUCCAUCUGUAGUUGAGGGACACAUAGAAGUGACGCCGGUACAAGCAGUACGCGAUGUUGGUACAAUCGACCAACAGUUUGGGUCGACCAGCACACGACCAACAUUGGCAGACAUGAUUGAGACGCCCACGCAGGCCAUGGGUGGCACCGUAGAUGUGAAUUCAGCCACUGUGGAUGCCACCCCGACCCCGCCGGCAACUCCUCACACCAACAGGGUCGCCCGACGCACUCUCAACCGCCCGCAGAGGGCCUCUGCCGACACCGUGUCGCAGACAACCCGCGAUCGAGAUCUCGUGCCACAGCCCGAGGUUGGCCCGAGCUCAGGCGGCGGGCCCGUCCGCACAAAUGCCACGCCCCGCGAGCCACCACACCCGUACAAGAACAAGUCCCCACAGUUGCUACGUCGCUUCGAAUCUCUGGAGAGGUCGAUGUAUGCUCUGACACAUCGGGACAAGCGUGCGGAGGAACAGGAAUGGGUCAAGCAACCGCGUCGCCGUCGCCGCCCGCGCCCGCGAGCCGCAAGCCAGUGCCCUGCUGCCACGCCCGAGGUCAAGAUACCCGUACGCGUCCCGGGAGCCUGCAUCAAGCCAGUCCAAGAAUAUCUACCGCAGGAAUCAGCAUGCUUUACGUGCAAGGAGAGAUUUGAGGACUGGUUGGAUCUUGUUGUGCACCUGUCCGAGAACCCGGAGCACGAGAAGGCGACGACGCUGGUUCGCCCGGUCGGGCGUGCUGAGUGCGAGAAGUGUGGGGACCAGAUUUUGACGGGGCCGGGCGUUACAGAGCAUGUUUGCCCUCGGUUUGAAGAAUCUUUCACUAUGUAA